UCGGCAUGUUACGCAACGCUAAACUGUCACGUGAUUGGCUCCCUGAAGAGAGGCCAUUAAAAUGUAACAUAAAGAAACGUUGACGAACUACGAUGGACAAAUUUACGAUUGACGGCAAGCAGGGAAAGUGCUAUUUGACUUUACCAUGACAGCACCUGAUUCAAAUACCCCUCAUACAGUCAUACAGGGACGAAAGGGGAGCUACUACGAGAGCGAAAGCGCCGAGAGUGGAUAUUCAGCGACCGAGUAUAGUAACAACACGGGGUCUGACGAAUGGACGAAUAAUUCAAAACAACCUUCCCUGGCUAAUACUAUUAGCACGAACAAUGCGAAUUUUACUCAUAUCUUAAACAAGCAUGGGAAUACGAAUUCAGAAGAGAAUACUGGAGAAACAAGCUACUUCGAUAUGCAGAAAAAUCCCUAUUUUCAAGCUGGUUAUCCUGAUGCCAGAGCGUACUAUGGCUGGCUGCCUGCAGGGUUUAGUCCGAUGAGAUUGCCUGCCUUAAUUUACCCGCAUUCAUUUCUCGGUUUCGCUCCUACAGUAGCAUGGAUGAAAAACAAUGAUAACGCUACGGGACGAGUAGAAAAUAUUGAGAAAAUAGACAGAUGGAAGGGCAAACACGGUGCUAGUAGUAUUAGUUCCGAAACAAGUCAAGGGAGCCAAGAUAGCACGGCCAUCACAGACAAGGACAAGGUAGAGUACGAUUUUGAAACAGUAAGAGAAAAAACGCAAUCUAUUCACAGCGAUGAAGAUGAAGGCCUUGUACUAGACGAAAGAGAGACGUUAAAACGACGCCGGCAGAAAGAGAUUGAAAAACUACAAACACAAACUAUUAGACCUCAGCCGGAACGAAGCAGUGUGAUACAAGAAAAUGUGUCUGUUCAAGCGAAGCCGUCUGUAGUAACACACGUUCAGGAUUCGUCUACGAACGAUGAGCAAGAACAGAUUAAGUCUGCAAAGCGCGGCAGAGCCUCAACGCGGCAGAUUGAGAAGACAGAUCAAUACUGGGACCGUCGAAAGAAAAACAACGUGAGCGCGAAGAAGUCUCGAGACGCUCGCAGACAGCGCGAAGCUUUGAUAAACCAGCGUUCUGCCGUGCUGGAGACAGAGAAUCUCAGAGUUCGAGCUGAACUGGCUACGUUGAGAGAAGAGAAUACACGGCUAAAACGAGAACUGAACAGCUUGAAAAAGUGAUGAAUGUGUUGCCUCGAAAUGUAUUACGUGUGAACUCUCGCUUUGUAUAUGAUGGUGUGACAUACUGUACAAAGUAUUGCGCUUCGUCAUAGGGUCCGCCUAUGACAUAGUUUAGGGCCUUAUAAAUCAGGAUUGUGUCAAUGCAAAUUCUGGUUUGUAAGGGCCAAGAUAGUUUAUAGAGUUUUCAAAUCAAAGACGUAGUUUUCCUGUUGAGUGUUGUACUGUAAUUUUUGGAGAAAUCGCGUUAAUCGCCUGUUACAGGCUGUUAGGAACUUAGGAGACUGUAUGAACUGUAUCCGUUCGCAUUUCAAUCGUAUCCUGUACUCGACUCGUUAUGUAAUAUUGUAUAAAUUAAAUCCGUGUAAUCUGUAAAUACUGUGCUGCAAAUAUCAUGUUGAUUUAACCGCGAGGCGAAGUAACACACAAGACUUGACAUAUGAAUCUUACAUAACCGUAAAUUAUGUAAGAUAACCGCGGUUUGUUAUAUAAACCAUAUGCGGCAUGGCAUAUAGCUUGGAUUUACAAUCUGAGGAAAAUACAUAUUUGCUAUAGUUAAUUUUGGUAGAUGUUAUAUGGACUCGAAAAUUAAAAUUUUCGAGUCCUAUACAGGAUUUUUUUGGAAUGGUAAAAACGAAUAUAUGGGCAUCGAACACCUCCAAAACAUCACUGAGAAAUGUUUGUUUGUUGACCUAAUUCACACCUGCGACAAGCGCGCGUGCAGUAAAACAUGUGUGUUAAUAAAUGACCUUAAAUAUUUUGCAUAAAAUAUCCAGUUUAAUUUAAAACAAAAAUGUAUUUUCCUCGAAAUAAGAAGAGAUUAUUGUAAAUAUAUUAAUUAUUAUAGAUAAAAUUGAGUGUGUAUGUAUAGUGUUGUAUCAAGACUUUAGAAACUGGUCAAAUGUAUAUUGAUUUAGG